CUCUCCUUUUCUUUUUCUUCUGCUUUCUUUCCCUAUUUAGCUUUGCCUAAAGAAGCUUAACCAGAGAAAUACGGAUAAAAACCAAGCCAUUGCUAGCAGAAUAUCAAUCUUCUUAUCAUCUGAAUUCUCCUCUCAGAGAAAGGAAAAGGAAAAGAAAAGAGAAGAGAGAAAAAGGAGAGGCAUAGCUUCUUCCUUGUAUUUGAAGACUCUUCCUGCGAAGAUGUUUGAUUCCUUAAGCCCACGCUCGCUCACAGCUUCUCAUAUUCCUCUCACUUUCCCUUCCUUUUCAACAAAAUCCAUUAUUGCCCGAGUGCUUAAAACCUGUCCUCUUUGCUUCAAGUACUUCCAAACUCAAUCUUCUUGAACAUACUCCGAGAACAACAUGGUCCCUUUCAUUGUUUUGGCGCUUUUCUCUCUUCUUGGCACCUCUUCUUCUGCCUCUUCUUUAGUUAGUGAUUUCCAUGCCUUGGUCACAAUUAAACUGGGAUUUGAAUACUCUGAUUCCAUUCUAAGUGCUUGGAAUCAUUCGAAUCCUAGUUCAGUUUGUUCUUGGGCUGGAAUUCAAUGCUUAAGGGGACGAGUUGUUUCAUUGGACUUGACAGAUUUGAAUCUGUAUGGUUCUGUGUCACCUCAGAUUUCGAGACUUGACCGGCUUACCAACCUCUCUCUUGCUGGAAAUAACUUCACAGGUACCAUUGAGAUUGCAAAUUUGAGCAGUCUUCGAUGGCUAAACAUCUCAAACAACCAGUUCAAUGGUGGCUUGGACUGGAACUAUUCCAGCAUUGCCAACUUGGAAGUGUUUGAUGCUUAUAACAAUAACUUCACUGCCUUUCUUCCACUUGGCAUUUUGAGCUUGAAGAAGCUCAAGCACUUGGAUCUUGGUGGAAAUUUUUUCUUUGGAAGAAUCCCAGGAAGCUAUGGAAAUCUUGUUGGUUUGGAGCAUCUUUCGCUUGCUGGCAAUGAUCUUAACGGAAAAAUCCCAGGCGAGUUGGGAAAUCUCACCAACCUGAGAGAGAUUUACCUGGGCUAUUACAAUGUUUUUGAAGGUGGGAUCCCAGUGGAGUUAAGUAAAUUGGAGAAUCUAGUUCACAUGGAACUUUCUAGCUGUGAAUUGGAUGGGCCAAUUCCAAAUGAGCUGGGGAAUUUGAAGGCGCUCGACACUCUCUACUUGCAUAGCAAUCUACUUUCGGGUUCAAUUCCAAAGCAAUUAGGCAACUUGACAAACCUGGUGAACCUUGAUCUUUCCAACAAUGCACUGACAGGUGAAAUCCCGUUUGAGUUUGUGAAUCUCAAGCGGCUCAAGCUUUUCAACCUGUUCAUGAACAGACUGCACGGGUCUAUACCGGAGUACAUCGCCAACUUUCCAGAUUUGGAAACUCUUGAGCUGUGGAUGAACAACUUCACCGGUGUGAUUCCCGAGAAUCUUGGCCAAAAUGGAAAGCUUCAAGUGCUCGAUUUGUCAACAAAUAAGCUCACUGGUACAAUCCCUCGGAACUUGUGUUUGUCAAAUCAACUCAGAAUACUAAUUCUAUUGAAAAACUUUCUCUUUGGGCCAAUUCCUGAAGGGCUGGGCACAUGUUCAAAUCUCACCAGGGUGAGAUUGAGCAGCAAUUACUUGAAUGGUAGCAUCCCAAAAGGGUUCCUAUACUUACCUCAGCUAAAUCUUAUGGAGUUGCAAAACAACUACUUAUCUGGAACCUUGCCGGAGAAUGCUAAUAGUUCAUCAACGCCCGCUAAAUUAGCCCAACUUAAUUUAUCAAACAAUCUCCUGUCUGGUCUUUUACCCAUUUCAUUUUCAAAUUUCUCCUCCAUCCAAAUCCUUUCACUUAGUGGAAACCAAAUCUCAGGUCCAAUCCCCCCUUCUGUAGGAGGAUUCCUUGAAGUAGUAAAACUUGAUUUGAGUCGAAACUCACUCUCCGGCUCAAUCCCAUCCGACAUAGGAAAUUGUUUCCAUUUGACAUACCUUGACAUGAGUCAAAACAACCUCUCUGGCUCCCUCCCACCAGAGAUUUCCAACAUCCGGAUACUAAGUUACUUGAACUUGUCAAGAAACCACUUGAACCAGACAAUACCCAGAUCAGUUGGAACCAUGAAAAGCCUCACAAAUGCCGACUUCUCCUUCAACGAUUUCUCCGGUAAAUUACCGGAAUUUGGCCAAUUCACCUGCUUUAAUGCCUCCUCCUUCGCGGGUAAUGCUCAACUUUGUGGUUCCCUCCUUAACAAUCCUUGCAAUCUCACCGCAAUCACAAAUACAACCAGAAAGGCCCCUGCAGAUUUCAAGCUGAUCUUCGCGCUCGGCCUUUUGAUAUGCUCUCUGGUUUUUGCUGCCGCUGCCAUGCUCAAGGCCAAGUCAUGGAGAAGAAAUGGUCCGGAUUCAUGGAAGAUGACCGUAUUCCAAAAGCUCGAUUUCAAGGUCACUGACAUCCUUGAAUGCUUGAAAGAUGGCAACGUGAUUGGAAGAGGCGGAGCUGGGAUUGUUUACCAUGGGAAAAUGCCAGAUGGGGUCGAGAUCGCAGUCAAAAAGCUUCUUGGGUUUGGCUCAAACAGCCAUGACCAUGGCUUCCGAGCUGAAAUUCAAACGCUAGGUAACAUUAGGCAUCGAAACAUUGUGAGACUGCUAGCAUUCUGUUCCAACAAGGAAACCAAUCUCCUAGUUUACGAGUACAUGAGAAACGGGAGCUUAGGCGAGGCACUGCACGGCAAAAAAGGCUCAUUCUUGGGUUGGAAUUUGAGGUACAAAGUUGCGAUUGACGCCGCCAAAGGCCUAUGCUACCUGCAUCACGAUUGUUCCCCACUGAUCGUUCACCGGGACGUGAAAUCCAACAACAUUUUGCUGGAUUCGAACUUUGAAGCACACGUCGCCGAUUUCGGGCUUGCCAAGUUCUUGAUCGACGGUGGCGCAUCGGAAUGCAUGUCAGCAAUUGCAGGGUCUUACGGCUACAUUGCGCCCGAAUAUGCAUACACACUGAGGGUUGACGAGAAGAGCGAUGUGUAUAGUUAUGGAGUCGUCCUCCUAGAACUUCUCACUGGGCAUCGUCCGGUGGGUGAUUUCGGCGAAGGUGUCGAUAUCGUACAAUGGACCAAAAGCGUAACAAAGUGUCAAAGAGAAGACGUUAUGGGCAUUGUUGACUCAAGGUUAAAAUUUGUGCCGAAAGUUGAAGCAAUGCACUUGUUCUUUGUUGCAAUGCUAUGUGCCCAAGAAAAUAGUGUUGAACGUCCAACAAUGAGAGAGGUGGUUCAGAUGCUAUCGGAGUUCCCUCACCACUCGCCGAACUAUCAAUCUUCGUCAUCUUCUAAUAUCGUUCAUAAUCAACAACAAAAGAAACUUGGAAAGGAGACAGAUUGCCCCAACUUCAAACAAUUAUAACUUUUGGUACUUUAAGAGACUUUAUUUUUAUUUUUUUUAUAGUCUCAAUAGUGGUGUCUUAAAAUAUCUUUACAUUGGAAUUUUGUUUCUCCUUAAUUAUAUUUAGGCAAUAUAUAGGGAUUUGGCGGCCAAAUAGUGUAGGAAUAAUCAAUAGGUGCACUUCCUUUUAAGGGUACGUGCACUUCAGAUCACGAAGAGCAUGCCAGCAUAAGGGUUUCCUAC